AUGCAAUUGCCGGUUCUCGGCUGAACUUUCCUUGCGCUGUCAGAUCGUGAGGAAAGUACUGCCGAGAACAGGCAGUUGUUAGAGCAGGGAUCGGCACCGAUCAUCAGGGCACUGAUGAUCAGUGCCCUGAUGAUCGGUGCCCAGCAGUGCCACCCACAAGUUCCACCUACUUGUGCCCAGUACUCCGCCCACCUGUGCCCAGCAGUGCAUCCACCUGUGCCCAGCAGUGCACCCACCUGUGCCACCCAGCAGUGUCACACAAGUGUGCCCAGAAGUGCCACCUACCUGUGCCCAGCAGUGCCACCCACCUGUGCCCACCCACCUGUGCCCACCAGUGCC